GCUCGCUGCCUGGCCGGGUGCGGGCGCCGGGCUCCUGCCACAGGAGAGAACCACCGGCGCCACCACCACCACCACUUCGGCCGGGCCCGGGCACCGCCCCCGCCCCGGGCCCCAGCCUGAGCCCCCCGCCCGGCCGGGCGAUGAAGUGUCACUACGAGGCGCUGGGGGUGCGGCGCGACGCCAGCGAGGAGGAGCUCAAGAAGGCCUAUCGGAAGCUGGCCCUGAAAUGGCACCCGGAUAAAAAUCUGGAUAAUGCCGCAGAAGCAGCUGAGCAAUUUAAACUAAUCCAAGCAGCGUAUGAUGUGUUGAGCGACCCUCAGGAAAGAGCAUGGUAUGAUAAUCAUAGAGAGGCUCUGCUUAAAGGUGGGCUUGAUGGAGAGUAUCAAGAUGACAGCUUAGAUUUGCUUCACUAUUUCACUGUGACCUGUUACUCUGGUUAUGGAGAUGAUGAAAAGGGCUUUUAUACAGUGUAUCGUAAUGUUUUUGAAAUGAUUGCCAAGGAAGAACUAGAAUCUUCUUUAGAAGAGGAUGUUGACGAUUUCCCGACUUUUGGGGGCUCCCAGAGUGACUAUGAUACGGUAGUCCAUCCUUUCUACGCUUAUUGGCAGAGUUUCUGCACUCAGAAGAACUUUGCUUGGAAAGAAGAAUAUGAUACACGACAGGCUUCAAACCACUGGGAGAAACGAGCCAUGGAAAAAGAGAACAAAAAGAUUCGAGACAAAGCAAGGAAAGAGAAGAACGAGCUUGUCCGUCAGCUGGUAGCUUUCAUCCGUAAAAGAGAUAGAAGAGUGCAGGCUCAUCGAAAACUUGUGGAAGAACAGAACGCGGAGAAGGCGAGGAAAGCCGAAGCAAUGAGGCGGCAGCAGAAGCUAAAGCAGGCCAAACUGGCAGAGCAGUACAAAGAGCAGAGCUGGAUGACGGUGGCCGAUUUGGAGAAGGAGCUCAGGGAGAUUGAGGCGCAGUAUGAAAAGGAGUUUGGAGAUGGAUCAGGUGAAGAUGAAGCGGAAGAACAGGAACUCCAAGACGGACAGGAUGGUAAAGAUAGUGACGAGGCUGAGGAUGCAGAACUUUAUGAUGGCCUUUACUGCCCAGCAUGUGACAAAUCUUUCAAGACGGAAAAGGCCAUGAGGAAUCAUGAAAAAUCAAAGAAGCAUCGGGAAAUGGUUGCCUUGUUAAAACAACAGUUGGAGGAGGAGGAAGCAAAUUUUUCAGGACCUCAAACUGAUGAAAACAGUCUGAAUGCCAAUUCUGAGGAAGAAAUGGAGGAUGCACCAAAACAAAAGCUUUCCAAAAAACAGAAGAAAAAGAAACAGAAACCAGCACAGAAUUAUGAUGAUAAUUUCAAUGAAAAUGGAACUGGAGAAGCAGUCAAGCUUGAUCGAGAAGAUAACAGCCGAAAUCAAGACAGUGCCAAAGAACUGUGUGGUGACCCCAAAAGUGAAGCUGAAAGUGUUUCUAAACCCAAGGGAAAGAAAGCCAAAGAUACUAAAAAAUCUGUCAGAGUACCUGCUGAACCACAGACAGUGAGUGAUGUUCUUAUCAGCUGUACAACCUGCCAUAGUGAAUUUCCAUCCCGGAAUAAACUUUUUAACCAUCUAAAGGCCACAGGUCAUGCAAGAGCACCUUCAUCGUCAUCUUUAAACAGUGUAACAGAUAGUCGAAGCAAAAAAGAGAAACGUAAAAACAGAUAGAAAUCCUACCAAUGCUUUCUCUUUUUGAUUGUCUCUAGAUUUUGACACCAAAAACUGAACUGAAAUCAUCUAAAGAGUUAAAAUUUCAGUCAUCUGCAAUUCACUGCAUUGUGGAAGAUUAUUUUUAUCUUGUAAAAACAUUUUUUUGUUUAAUAUAUAUUUUUUAAACAUUUCAUUAGUGAUUGACUUCUACUUUUGCCAUCUGAAUUGACUUGAAUGUCUCAAAACAGGUAAAUAUUGUAAAGUAUGCAUUCUUGACUUCUGUUGGCUCAUGUGGACAGAAAUGUACAGGGAGAAUUAAAUUAUCUUAA